AUGUUCAAGCCACUACUAAAUCUGAAAGGUUCCUCACGUCGCCGUCAAGUUGCUAUGGCAAGAGCUGAAGCAAGGCAACCAAUCUUCAAUCCUUACACGCCGUGCACGUGCGAUCUGGCCAUCUCCUAUGGCGGGAAUACUUGUCUCCGGAAAUGGUUCGUACCUCUAUACCAUGACACCGGGAGGACAUCCUACCACCUACUGAAAUGCCCUCAGCUCCGCACCGUACGCUCCAAGACAAGUAAGAGGCGUAAAAGCCCCGGCAGGCCAACAUCAUACCUGGGUCUCAGGGGAGAGAAGAGGGAGAAGUCCAAGGCGGACACACGGAGGGAGAAUGCUCGGCGCCAGCGAAAGGAGGCGCGAAGAUUUCGAGACUUGGAGGCAAGGGCAGGAGCCAUGAAAGCUGUCAACCCGGCCCGCAACCCGUUCGCACAAUGCUGCUGCGGUGACAUGCUCAGCGACUCCGAAGACGAAGCUGUCCGUGAAGAAGCGAGGGUCAUGUGCCACACUCGUUUUGACGGAUCAACAACCUUCCACCUCCCGAACUGCCUUACAGGCCGAUCCAAUUACACCGGUCCCGCAAAUCCCACCCCAGCCAAUCCAAGUCUACACCCUACGUCGACCUUGAAGAAGAAAAAGAGGAGACGGGAGGGGCACAGAAGAGGAGACAAUAUACUCGGCGCCAGCCCAAGCCGGCGAAAAGGCACCGUGAGAUCCCGGAGCCCAACGCAACUCUGGAAGCUCUGA